AUGUCUAAGGGAUUGUGUGAAAUAAUUAAUGCGGCUGAAAAUUAUGUUUUUGCUGAUCCAAACAACUCGAGAGAAUAUAUUUCUAUGGGUGUUUUUAAUUUGUAUUGUCCUGAAGAUAACUGUGAUACUGAUAACAACAAAGUUAGUUCUACUUUUAUAUCAUUACUAAAAAUUUUUGAGGAUGAACAUUUAGAGGGUAAUAAACUUGUGGAAUAUGCUAUUUUAUGGUUAAGUUAUAUACUAAAUCAAAAAAAACAAAAUGGAACUACCACAUUAAACGAUUUUUAUACUAAUCAUGUAAUAACAAAUAGUCAUUAUGAUAAGGAAAUAAAUGCUGAUAGUGAUAGUGGUAAUAAGAUUAAUAAGGAUAUUAUAAAAAAAAAAAUAAAAUCGAUGGAUAUCGAUAUUAAAGAUAUAUCUAAUUUUUAUGAUGCAUUUAAAUCAUUAUGUAACAUGUAUAGUGAAAUUGGUGCAGAAGACUACGAAUGCAUGCCAUGUUUAGAAAAUGCUGGAGAAUUGUUUGAAAAAUAUGAAAAACUUAAAAAUGCUUUAUAUAUUAAUAAAGGAAGUUCUUAUUUACAACUAUUGUCUAGUUUAUCAAAUGAUUAUAAAAAUUUUGAAAAUAUAUAUAGUGCUGCAUGUAUUAAUUCCUCACCACUUGUAGCUUGUCCACGAAGUUCAGUAACAAAAAAUAUACUAAUUACAAUUGCAAUUAUAUUUGUUGCAGCAUCAAUUUUAUUGGGAGUUUCUUAUAAGUAUUCGUUAUUUGGUUUUCGGAAACGAUUUCAAAAACAAAAAUUAAGAGAAAAAAUAAAAAAAUAA